AUGGAGCCACGGCCUCGGCAUAUCAUCAUUGUCGGGGGUGGAAUCAUCGGCACCACAACCGCAUAUUAUUUGACCCGCCACCCUUCAUGGAACCCCUCCAUCCACCACGUCACCCUACUCGAGGCGACUGCGGUCGCCUCGGGCGCUUCCGGCAAGGCUGGCGGCCUGCUGGGCUUAUGGGCAUACCCGCAGUGCAUCGUGGACCUCUCCUACCGCCUGCACGCUGAUCUCGCAGCCGAGCACGGUGGUGCCGAGCGCUGGGGUUAUCGGCGGGUCACCUGCGGCCAGAUAUCGGCCAAGCUCAAACGCGAUCAGCUCCGUCGCCGGACCGACACCGCCAUCGGAGCCGGAGCCGGGGUUGGGACGCCGGAGAGUAAGCACCGUCAGCCACGGAGGAAGAGCAAUGUCACUCCUUCGGCCAAACAGCCGCUGCUCACACCCAAGCAUGGACCAAUACCAACAUUAACGCCCUCCAGCAGUGACAAUUCCGAUGGUAGUUUAGAUCGGUGUCUCGACCUGAAAAUGCUUCAAAGCGAAGAGGAAAACCGCAAGGAAUGGCACAGGCUUCCGAAGCAAGAUGCGGCUGCGGCCGAGCUGCUGCGCGAGUCUGUGCUCCCACCCGAUCUUGACUGGAUCGAUCAUAAGGUGGUGCUAGAAUACGCCGAGAUGGGGAUGCCCGGCUAUACAGAAACAGCACAAGUGCAUCCAUACAAAUUCACGACAGCGAUAGCGGAGCUAGCACAGCAGGCCGGCGUGCAGGUUCGGAACAACGCCAAAGUCACACGGAUAGGGCUGAACGCGGCCAAGACCGCGAUCAGCAAUGUCGAGUACCUGGAUCGGAUAACCAAUGAGACACGAACAUUACUGGGAGUAACAGACGUUAUUGUGGCAGCUGGGCCAUGGACCAGUUCCUUGGUGCCACAGGUCAAGAUCGACCCUUUGAGAGUACACAGCGUCGUCUACUCGGCUGACGUCACGCCAUUCGCCGUUUUCACCAACAUCUCGCUUCCCGGUGACUGGGUGCCUGCUCACCGCGCGGCCAAGGGGCAGAAGCGAAUUCACAAGGGCAGAGUAGACCCCGAGUUCUAUGCGAGGCCCGAUGGAGAAGUGUACGCCUGCGGCGAGCCUGAUUAUGAUGAGCAGCUGCCAGAGACUGCGGACCUCGUCCCUUGCGAUGAUCUACAAUGUGACGACAUGAUAUCGUACAUCGCCACCGUGAGCCCAGUGCUUGCUCGAGCACCCAUAGCUGCGAAGCAGGCCUGCUACAUUCCGCAACACGUUUGUGCUGACGAGGAGGGUGGGCCACUUGUGGGCGCGACAUCAGUCAAGGGUCUAUGGGUCGCUGCUGGACAUACGUGCUGGGGCAUACAGAAUGGUCCAGGCACCGGCAAGCUGAUGAGCGAGUUGAUAUUUGAUGGCGAAGCCAAGAGUGCAGAUAUCACUAGCCUCGAUCCACGCCAAUGCAAAGGCAUGAUCGCAGUUUGA